GAAAAAUUAUAUAAAAAUAUUUAAAAAUGAAGUAUAAUUACAAGUUCCAAAACCUCUUAGGAACUGUAUAUAAACGAGGAGACAUCUUGUUUACUAACGAUGGAAACUGUGUGAUUAGUCCAGUUGGAAAUAAAAUCACAAUUUAUGAUCUAAAACAGAACAAAAGCAACACAUUGGCAAUAGAAAGCCACUUUAACUACACAGCCAUUGAUGUAUCACCAAAUGGAUCGGUUUUGCUUGCAAUCAAUGAAAAGGGUGAAGCACAGAUGAUAAGUCUCCUAACAUGUACUGUCAUACACAGGUACAAGUUCAAGCAGGAGGUGAAUGCUGUAAGGUUCAGCCCUGAUGGAAGACAUUUUGCUGCAUGUUGUGACGAUACAGUAUUCAUAAUGACUGCACCCUGCAGCUUCACUGGUGAAUUUCGGUCUUUCGUCAUGAAAAGGGUCUUCAAGAAGGCGCGUGAUGACGUCACAUGCUUAGACUGGUCUAGCUGCGGCAAACUUUUAGCUGUGGGCUCCAAGGACACUACCACCAAAAUAUACACCAUUGACUACUUAGAUAACUUAAACAUGUACGCACUGAGCGGCCAUACCGAUAAGAUUGUUGGUGUGUUCUUCGAGAAGAAAAGUUUGGAUCUUAUAUCGGUGAGUCGGAAUGGUCAAGUGUGUUUAUGGGAAGCGAGUAUAGACAUGGAUGAUUUAGUAACGUCCGAAGUACAAAUAUCUCAUAAGAAGAGGAGGAAACUGCAGAAGGAGGCAGAGGAGUUGGAAGAAGAUGAAGUUGAUGAGAAGAAUAUUAUAGAAAAGGAUAAGGAAUACGAAAGCGACGAAGAAAUGGAAGAGGAAAAGAAAGUGGAAGAAGCGAAGAAGUUGGCGUACAAGAAGCUUGGGCGGUGGUACAUCGGCGACGCGAUACGUAACGCCAGCCAUAAGGUCAAGCUCACCGCAGCCGCUUAUCAUAAGAACACCAAAUUAUUGGUUACCGGUUUCUCAAACGGUAUAUUCUUUCUCCACGAAAUGCCCGAUGUGAAUCUAAUACACACACUGAGUAUAUCGGAACACCGUAUCAGUAGUAUAGCUAUAUCGGACCAGGGUGAUUGGAUAGCAUUUGGUUGUCCUAAUAUCGGACAGUUGCUGGUCUGGGAGUGGCAGAGUGAGCAAUAUGUAAUGAAGCAGCAAGGUCAUUCGUUAGACAUGACCUGUCUUGCCUACUCACCGGACGGACUGUACAUAGUCACGGGAGGUUACGACGGAAAGGUCAAAGUCUGGAAUACGACCUCAGGGUUCUGUUUCGUGACCUUCAGCGAGCACAAGUCUUCAGUGACGAGUAUAGUGUUCAGCCCGAACAAAAAGUUCUUCGUGUCCGCGUCGCUAGAUGGCACUGUGCGGUGUUAUGAUUUGACAAGGUACCGUAACUUCCGAACUCUGACGUCGCCAAGUCUGGUACAGUUCGGAUGUGUAGCGUUAGACGCUAGCAGCGAGCUCUGCGCCGCAGGAGGCACCGACGUCUUCGAUAUAUACGUGUGGUCCGCCAAGUUCGGAAGACUGCUUGAAGUUCUAUCCGGGCACACCGCACCAGUAUCCAGUCUCGCCUUCAGUCCAGUAGUAUCUAGCUCCCGACUGGCGUCCGCGUCCUGGGACAGGACGGUCCGGCUGUGGGAGUGCGUGGAGGCGAGCUCCGACUGCGAGACUAUACAGCUGACGGCCGAUGCGCUGCAGGUGGUCUUUCGGCCGGAUGGCGAGCAGAUAGCAGUAUCCACGUUGGACGGCAACAUAACUUUCUUCAGUCUGAAUUGCGAGCAGAUCGGCAGCAUCGAAGGUCGGAACGAUCUUGGUGCCGGCCGAGCCGACGCCGACCUAAUCACGCCUGAGAAGAUGUUGAAGACCAAAGCGUUCACGUCCAUCUGCUACUCGGCUGACGGCAGCUGCGUGCUCGGUGGCGGCAACUCCAAGCACGUGUGCCUGUACAGCGUUGCCGAGGCGGUGCUUAUCCGGAAGUACGUCAUCACGCAGAACCGCUCGCUCGACGCCGUCAAUGACUACAUAAACCGGCGGUUCCUGACGGAGUUCGGCAACAUGGCGCUGGUGGAGGAGCGGGGGGAGCUGGAGGGGGGGAGCGUCAACAUCCGCCUGCCCGGCGUUAAGGCGGGAGACAUGGCCGACAGGAAUGUUAAGCCGGAGGUCCGUGUCCAUUGCGUUCGGUUUUCGCCGACGGGUGAGAGUUUCGCCGUGGCGGCGACAGAAGGCCUGCUCAUUUACAGCCAAAACGGAGUUGACGGUAGCUUCAGGCCGUACCGUCUAGAGAGCGGUAGUACACCCGCCGCGGUGAAGUCCCGACUUCGUGCCGGUCAGUGGGGCGGAGCCCUAUCCGGAGCCCUGCAGCUCAACGACCAUGAACUAGUGCGGGCGUGCGUUGAGGCAGUGCCGCCGGGAGACAUCGAACUGACCGUCACAAAUCUAGAAGAGGACUACGCGCAUCGUCUGCUGAACUCCAUUGCCCGUCUACUAGAAGAUAGUAGACACCUCGAGCACCUUCUUCUGUGGGUGAAAUACCUGAUAACGGGCAGAAAGAAGAUACCAGCUAGCAUUCUACUGGCGCUAGAGAAAGUGUUGACAGUGAAAUACUCUCAGAUUGGAAAAAUUUGCGACUUCAACAAGUACACCAUAAGGUGUAUCCGCGCAGUCGGCGAGUUGACGCCCAAGCAGGAGGACGUCGAUAUGGACAGCGACAACUCCAGUGGCAGGGGAACCUUCUCUGAUACUGAUUAAAUGUAUUAAUCAGA